AUGAGUGAAGAUACUAAAGUAUUCAAUUCUUUGCCUGGUGUGAUCUUAUCUGACUUAGCUGAUUCAACGCUAAUAAUUCCGUCUAUUUCGAUAGGUAAUAUCCCGCAAUUGGCAAAUGAUCUCUUGAUCCAUACAUUAAACUUCAAUAAAAUUGGAAGCCUUACCGAUACUUAUUUAUACCCGUUUGCAUCCCCAAUUGAUACUCUGAAUGAUGUUGGACAAAAGAAAGGAAUUUCUACUGCUGUAGAAGUUUAUCACAAUAAGAACUUAAAAUUAACAAUAAUUCAACAAAGAUCACCAAUUAUUCCCAGCUUUACAAAGACAUAUGUAAAUGAAGUUAUUCUUCCUUUUAUAAAGGAAGCAAAAGUGAAGAGGUUUUUAAUAUUAGAUUCUUCGGAUGCUGGUUUAGUAGAAAAUUUGUCUCCAGGAACAAUUGAUUUCUAUUCAAAUGAGGACUUAUUGAAUAAGUCUCUUGAAACGUUGAAUAUAGGUCAGGUUGAUGCAAUGCAAUUAGGCAAAGGUAAUGAUCACUCGAGCUAUAUACGUUCUUUAAUUACUUAUUUACAUACUGGUGAUUUGUCUUCCGAUUUUGAGGUAAAUGUUCUUGUUUCAUAUGUUUACGAAGGUGAUAACUUUUACGAUGGAGAGCACUUAGCCAAUAAAACUAUUGAAGCAUUGGGCGUAUCACCAGUUAAGAAUUGGAUAAGACCAAGAAGCUGGUUAGGCGUCUACGGUGAUAGGCAGGUACCUAAUGCGAUGGAGGAGGGUUUAUUUGGUUAA